CGGUUGGUUAUUCUCAGAAUACGUGAACCGUUGUCCGUAGAGUAGUUUAUCUGAUACAUUUAAACUCCAAGGACGAAAUUUUUGCUCCGUUAGUGACUUACUGAUGUCAGUAUAAAGUAUAUACUAGUUGAAAAACGCCUAUUUCACCUAAAUUGCUAGAUUAUAAAACCAACGUACCAGCAAUGUCUUUUUGAUUUUUGAUACUCAUCAUUUUGAUGUACAAUACUUAAUAAACUAAAGCGGAACAAAAUGUCUGUAAAUUUAACUAAAAAUAACGAUUCUUUAGUGGCUGCCUGGAAGAGUGUCGUCGAUGACAAGUCAUCAACCAACUGGGCGGUGUUUGGAUACGAAGGAGGAUCAAAUAAUUUAAAAGUAGUUGGAACAGGAGACCAAGGGCUCCAGCAAAUGAUCGAUGAAUUAAACAGCGGAGAAAUUCAGUACGCAUUUUGCCGUGUCAUUGACACUAAAACCAGUUUGCCAAAAUGUCUGUUGAUAAAUUGGCAAGGAGAAGGUGCGCCGAUAGUGAGAAAGGGAACGUGUGCCAACCACAUUAGAGACAUCGAAAGACUGCUGAAAGGUGCUCAUAUAACUUUAAACGCCAGGUCAGAAGAUGACGUCGAGAUAGACUUCAUCAUGGAGCAGCUGGCCAAAGCAACUGGCUCGACUUACAAGUUCCGUGAACCUCGAGGUAAAGACGUCGGUAAUUCUGGACCUGUUGGUACCACUUACAAGCGCGUUAUUCCGGAGCAAGAGAUCAACGCCACAGAGCGAGAUGAGUUCUGGCAGAAAGAAGAAAUGGAAGAGAAAGCUCGUGUUGCUGAAGAGAAACGUCGCUUGGACAAAGAACGUCAGCAGUUGGAGCUAGAAACACGAUCUCGGGAAGAACAGCAGAGCAAACUGCGAGAACAGGCUGCUGCUAAACUGCCGAUCAACCAACGAACUCAAAUAAAGUCUGAACAACGCACUCAGGAGAUAAAGAAUUUAAGGAACCAACAGCUAGCUACUGCCGUUCAGCAAAACGGUUCAGAUUCUGAUGAAGAACACAAAUCUCGCAGUGAAGAGUUGCGCCGGCUGAGAAGUAAUGAGACCCAGCAAUUGAUUGCUCAGCGUACUAUCAACGCGCGUGCGGUUUUUGAGCAAAAUUCAGCUGCUGGACAGAUGAAAGCUGCUUUUGGGCAUCAGUCAACUCCAAAUUCCAAGUCCGUCGUUAAAGAACCGGUUAAGAUUAUCAAGAAAGUUGUUGAUAUUCCUAAAGAGAAGGAAGUAGAGCCGGUAUCAACUCCACCAGCACCAGCACCAGCACCAGCGCCAGCACCAGCACCGGUUCCAGCUCAAACUCCAGCACCAGUGCCUUCGGAACCAGCACUGCCAAAAGUAGAAGCUGUUAAAGAAGUUCUAAAUGUUGAACCUAGUCCGCCUGAGACUAAAGACAUUCUUAAUCAAGUAGAUCAGCACCAGCAGCAGCAGCAGCAGCAGUUGCAUGAAGAUACCCACGCUUAUAUAAUGAAGGAUGUUGAACUGGAAAGUAAUCAGCCCCUUGAAGCCAUCGAAGCAGAACUUUUCAACCAAUUAAACGCUGAGAGCGAGUCUUACUUAUUCUUUGAUCCUAACAAUGAAGGCAUGAAAGCACGUGCCUUGUACGACUACCAAGCGGCCGAUGACACUGAAAUUACUUUUGAUCCUGGUGAUAUUAUAACCCACAUUGAUGCUAUCGACGAGGGAUGGUGGCAGGGACUCGGUCCUGAUGGCACUUACGGUCUCUUUCCUGCUAAUUAUGUUGAGGUCAUUGACUACGCUAAUACUUGAUAGACUUAAAUUGAUUAUUGUUACGUUAAUUCAUUCUAAUUCCAUGGAUUUGUAAUCGAUGAUUUAUUAAUUAAUCAUUUUAAUAUUGAUAUAUAUAUCUUAAGCAAUGACUUGGUAGGUAUUUACAAAAAUCUCCCGGAUUUUAUUAGAAAUUUAAAAAACAGCAAAUUUAUUUUUCAGUAUUGUAAAUUAUUUUUUGGUUUUCGAUUAUUAUUUUUUGUUAGUGCAAUAAUGGAAUUGGUAAUACAGUCGUCCGUAAAUAUAUAUCAUUUAU